CUGGUUCCAUUGUAAAUAUAAUUCCUGGAAUUGGUACAUGUAGUCUCUUAUAACAAUAUUCAUGAUGGAUUAUUCUUGGAAUUGCUUUAAUUCUCAGGAAACACACACUAUUUCUAUAUAAACCCGAAAUUGAGAAGUUCUUGUCAAUUGUUCUCACAGACACAUCAUGGCAUCAGGAGGAUUCUUUGCAAUUGGCUUUCGAAGCAUUCAGAUCAUUCAAGUUCGACUUCGAAAACCAGAUUAUAAGCCUCCCUUCAGAAAAGCUAAGAAGAUUCCUCGUGAAGAUGCUGGCUAUCGUGUUACAGAUGGCAAUAUUGCUGCUAUUGACUUUGGUACUACAUCAGUGUCACUGGCUUAUACUACUAAAGGAGACAAAAAAGUUUCCACACUCAUACUUGACCAUGAAGACAAGUCUACUCGUGUUCCUAAUGCUUUCCUUUUGAAGAAAGAAGAUGAUGGCAAAAUGAAGGUAGAAGAUUUUGGAAGCAUAGCCCGAAAAAAGUUUACAUCAAUGAAACCAGGUGAUCAUCACACUCAUGUCUACUUUGAGAGGAUUAAAAUGUUAAUGAGAAGAGAAAAGGUAGUUGAUAGAGAUACAGUAGUUGAGUCAUUUUCUGGUGAGAAGUUCUAUCUGGUUGAAGUCAUUGCAUUCAUACUUCAGCACCUGAAGGAUCUAUUGAUGGAUCAUUUCUCUCGUACUGCCUGGCCAUUGAAGACAACAGAUUUUGAUUGGGUCAUUACUGUACCUGCUAUAUGGGAUGCACGAGGAAAAAGAAUGAUGAGAGAAGCUGCUUAUCUGGCUGGUCUGCUGACAGAAUAUGGUGGUAUCAGCAGGUUCACUCCAGUUUCUCAUCUCUCUUUGCCUCUUCCUGAUGAAUAUAAUCCUGAUAGGCUAUCCUUAGCACUAGAGCCUGAAUCAGCAGCUCUUUAUAGCCAGGAAGUUGUUGCAGAUCAGAUUGAAAGUGAUCCAGACACAGCAAUUAUCCAACGUCCAUCAGAUUACAUGGUAAUUGAUGCUGGAGGUGGUACAAUAGAUAUCACAGCUCACAUUGAGGUCGAUGGUAGUAUUGUAGUUGAGAAUAUACCGACUGGCAAUGCAUGGGGUGGUACGCAGGUCAAUGAAGCUUUCUCUAAAAUUCUUGAAGGUAUAGUUAAUGAUCCUGGAUUUGAGAAGUUCUUAGCUUCUGGAGAUCAAUCUCAAACUAAUGCCGAUAUCAUCAAAAUUUUUUAUACCGAAUUUGAAACGGGGAAAUUGCUCUUUGGAAAGGAGCAAACAAAAGAAAUUUGCAUUUCAUUUCCAAAUCGUUUUGCUAAGUUUUACAAUAAGGCUCUUGAGGCUGGUGUCAAAAGGAAAAGUGGUAUCGAUUAUGAAGAUGAUGUGCUAUACAUCUCAAAGGAAGUAGUGGAAUCCGAGUUGUUUGGCCCAGCACUAAAAGGUAUGAUAGAGUGCACUUUACAAGCUAUUGAGGAUAAUGAUACCGAUCUUAGCACCUUCUAUUUGGUUGGUGGGUUCGGAGGCUGUAGCUAUGUUCAUAAGAAGGUCAAAGCUGCUAUAGAAGAAAGUUUUCAUGGCCAGGGUCGUUCUUGCCAUGUGAUAGUGCCUCCUACUCCUCAAUUAGCUGUUGCUACAGGAGCUGUUAUGUGGCGUAAGAAUCCAGAGAAGAUUAAAGCGAGACGAUCUGAUGCUACUUAUGGGAUAGGAAUAUCUAUACCAUUUGAAGAUGAUAAGCAUGAUGAGUAUUACAAGUUUUAUAAUGAAGAGCAAAAAGAAUACAAAUGUAGUGAUAUAUUUGAUGUGUUUUUAGAAAAAGGAGAACUCAUAGAAGCAGAUCAAGUGAUCACCACAAGUUUAACACCACUUCGUCAAUCAGAUGAACAAGCUACCAUUGGUAUCUAUUCUACUCCUAAUCUUGGAGUUCAAUACAUCAAAGAUAAAGAUGGUGAAAGCACAGUUACCAAAAUUGGUCAAAUAGUUAUUGAUAUUCCUAAUCCUGAUAAUCUGCCUAGAGAAAAGCGUCUAAUUGAUGUCACUAUGGAUUUCAGUGGUACAGAGAUUCAAGCUAAAGCAAAGUAUCAUAUAACUGGAGAAGAAGUUAAAACUGUUUGUGACUUUCUUUCUGCUCAAUAAACUUAGACUGAUAGCUUAAUUUGUGCUUAUUACUUUUCAGAUUAGAUCUAUAUAUUAGUUUUUGUUUUUUUUAGAAUAAAUUUGUAGUAGAUA